AUGCAGUGGCGAACGUGGGCGACGCUCGUCUCUGCACUCUGGUCCACUGCGGUGACGGCUUUGCCCGGCUCCGAGGCACCCCGCGAUAGUAGCAGCAGCACACCUUACACCGACCCAACGCUCAAAGACCCGUUAUGGCUGAAAUACAGCCUCAAUGCUUCUGCCGAAUAUAAAUACUUUCAUGAACCGGGUCACGACGAUAUCCUCGGCCACUACGAUGUGCGAUUCUUCACCACGCCCGUGAGUGAUUCGGAGCGCGCAGAAACCCUGACACACAUGAUUCGCGCAUACCUGAACUUUUUCGACGAGAAUGACCUGGAAACCUGGAUUGCGCAUGGGACGUUGUUAGGCUGGUGGUGGAACGGGAAGAUUCUCCCUUGGGAUUGGGAUAUGGAUACUCAAGUCCCCGAUACGACGCUCGCAUACCUUGCCGACCACUAUAAUCAAACCAUUGUCGAGUACGUGACACCCGGAGGAAAGGAUAAGCGCGACUACCUGCUGGAUAUCAAUCCAUGGUCGCGGCAGCGAGAGCGCGGCAAGGGCCAUAAUAUCAUCGAUGCACGAUUCAUUGAUAUUACGACGGGUCUGUAUAUCGAUAUCACCGGGCUCAGUAGGCUCGAGCUGGAUGAUCAUCCGGAUAUCUGGCAGUGCAAGAACUUCCACAAGUACCGGCUGAAGGAUAUCUACCCGUUGCGCCACACGACGUUUGAGGGCGCUCCGGCCAAGGUACCUUUUCAGUAUGAUGCACUGUUAAUGGAGGAGUAUACCGAGGCGGCACUGACUACGACUAAAUUCCACAAUCACACUUGGCUCCCAGCUUUAGCCGAGUGGAUCCCAGACGAGACGAUUGCGAACUUCGCCGUUGAUUUGCCUGAAGAUGGACGAUACGAAUAA